CCAGCUCUCUCGGAGAUAUCGCUGAUCGAGCUCGCGAGUGUAAAUUCAAAAUGGCGGACGUUGAAGAGGAAAGAUUGCCAUUUCCGCGAGGAAGCAUAGCUUCUUUCAACGAUUUACUGCGUUCUAUCUCCACUCUUCUAACGAAAGACAAUUUCAAAGCCAUGAAACGUUUUCUUUAUGAUAUAAUUUCCACAAAAAUUGGAGAUCGCUACGAGAAUUCGCUGAAUCUUUUUGAGGCUUUGAGCCAAGUUCGAUGUAUCAGUGGUGACGAUCUUGACUUGUUAGAGGAUAUGCUAGGAGUCACAGGAAGAGAAGAGAUAGUUCGCCUUGUACUUGAAUUCAAGAAAAGAAGAAACAAUAAGCUGGGAUAUCUAAGCUUUGAAUGCUUGGCGAACAUUUCUAAACCUGUUGAAGGAAGAUCAGUCGUAUCAUUUAUCCUUCAUGAUGGCCUAGAGACAUUCGACAGAAACAAAGUCUUCAGGUUCAAAGGAGCUCUCUGCAAAGCACUAAAGCUUGUAAGGUCUGAGGUAUCUUGGAUUGGCAAAGCCAGAGACUUAGAGAACAAAGUGCUAUACCAGCUACCAUUUGAGACACUACCCCUCCUUAGGCACUGUACUGGAUGGAAGAAAGAUUGGCUGUUCGACCUUGGGGUCAAAGGGGUGCAGAUUGAUGAUGAGCCUUCUAUUGUUGUCCAGGAUGUUAAAGUUCAACAGUUGAGGCUUCAGGAAGAUCCAGUGCUAGUGUCGCCUGUGUUGCGCACCAGCGAAGCUGCUCGCACGGGCGACGUCUCCGAGCUGCGACGUGUUCUGGACUCCUCAACGUGCGAAAAACGCUCGUAUCUCCUCAGUGCUCGCAUCGACGGCGCUACGCCUCUGAUUACUGCCGCCAAGAAUGGCAACACGGCGAUCGUGCAGUGCCUCGUGGACGAGUACGGAGUGAACGUGGAACAGGAAGGCACGGUCAAGGUGGAGGAAGAUUUGAUCGAGUGCUGUACGGCUCUCUGGAUGGCAUCCCUUGGAGGACACAUUGGGGUGGUGCGGUUCCUGCUUGAGCGAAACGCCGAGGUUAAUCACACAACACUCACCUACUCGACCGCUUUGAGAGCUGCGGCGUUUAAUGGGCAUGCUGAAGUUGUGCGACUGCUUCUUGCGAAUGAAGCGUGCGUCAACCAGCGCAACCAAGACGGGAACACGUGCGUCAUGGUAGCUUGCUGGAACGGCCACCUUGGGACAUUCUCUUUGCUGCGCAACGCGGGUGCCGAUAUGGAUGUUAAGGAUAACCAGGGGUUCGGCUUACUCCACUGCGCAACCGCAGCCAAUAACUUGAGCUUGCUGCACGAACUGCUAGUCAGCGGAAAGGACGUCAAUUCGAAGACAACAGACGGGAUAACGCCGUUGAUGCUCGCGUGCGAAAAGAACCACCCGGAUGUGACGCUACUCUUGCUGCAGCAUAACAGUCACGUGGAUGCGCGCUCCGAUAAAGGUCUAACCGCAGUGCAUUUUUGCGCGCUGUCAAACAGCUUAACGAGUCUACAGCAUCUUAUGGACUACCGCGCCGACCUGGGUAUCCCGACCGAGCGAGGCAGCACGGCGCUGAUGCUUGCCUGCGCAAAGGGCUAUACCUCAAUAGUGACCGCCCUUCUCCGAAACAUGGCGCGCCAGCGAUUGAAGAGUGAGCUGAGCGCGGCGUUCACAUGUCGCAGCGACCGUCAGCCUACAACGUGUUCGGUUGUCAACACCGCUAACGAAAACGGGGAGACUUGCUUGAUGAUGGCAUGCGAAAACGGAAGCGUGGAUAUAGUUAGGAUCUUGUUAGACGAGGGAGCUGACCCGAAUCUGGUGGACAAAAAGGGUGUCACCCCACUGAUUUUGGCCUGUAGGCGUGGUCACGAGAGGGUAGUGCCCCUUCUCUUGAAAAAGGGAGCCAGGGUAGAGACGCAAGACGAGGAAGGUAACUGCGCCCUGCACGUCUGUGUCAAGUAUUACCGAGCGUUCGGUGGCCAGCGUAAGUGCUUAGAGUGCCUGCUAGCCACAGGGCCUAACCUGGAUAUCAAGAACAAAGAGGGCCUCAGCCCUAUGAUGAUGGCCGUUCAAACCAAGGUUUGGUUCGGUCAUGCAAUUGAAGCGUUCUACGAGCGCGGUGGAGAUCUAGCGACAAACUUGAAAGCUGACAAUGGCGAUACAGCCUUUCACAAAUGCGCGCGUUCCGGUGACUUACUGUCCAUGACGUUUUUAAUAUCAGUCGACCCACAAGGCCCAUUUGGACUCAACCACGAUAAGGAUACACCGCUGAGAGCCGCUGCGCUUGAAGGCGCUGAUGCGAUGACACAAACUCUCAUUAAUACCGUCCCUGCGUACUCGCACGAGGAGCGAAUAGACGCUCUGGAGCUCCUGGGCGUCGGGCUUCUCGCAAAGGACAUAGCGCGCGAGUGGGAUGUCGGCAUGGUGGUAGGUUUUUGGCAGGAGGCCAUGGCCAUCCGAAAGGCACGAGGUAUCCCCUUUCCUGAGCCACGCCCUAGCCUAUUCCCCCUUGAAUACUUCCUUGAGGCACGGAGCUCUGUAGAGUUGGAAGAGUUCAGGAGCAACCCUAGUGUUCUUACCGCUCAGGCGCUUCAGAUCUGCGAUCGGCUAUUACCAAAGUAUCAUUCGCGUCUUCCCGCUCUGCUGGGAACCGUCGGAGAACGUUUCGCACAAAUCGGAGAGUUCUGUCGCAGCUUAAAUAUUUGGCAGUAUGUGCUUGAUAUUCAGCUACAGAACCUCCAGAAAUCUACCGAUGGUGUUGAGGAUGUAAUGAACACAUUCCGCUGUUUUGCAGACGCGUUCGGUUUUGUGUUGAGUCGCAGCGUUGACGUGUUGUCAUUCGACGUCGUCCACACGGUCGUCAAACGCGCUCUCGAUAGCCUCCGCAACCACCCAGCAAUCUUUGACUUGCGUGAGACUAUCAUGCCGUACCUCCUCCACUAUUUCGUGUCUCUAUUGUCCGUUGCUAUUAACGACCAGGAUUUUGCCGUCGCCAUGGAUACGAUACGAUCUUUCGUUCGCCUCGGUCUGCGUAAUAAACACGGAUCCACGCUCCUUCAUUUGGCCGUCAGCUCCAAGACGGGUGAGAUCAGUAGUCUAAAGGAACACCUGCAUUUCCCGAACCUAAAGCUGUGCGAGCGACUCGUCGAGUGCGGAGCGGACGUUGAUGCCACAGAUAGUGAUCGCAACACACCCUUACACACGCUUCUCACGCGCGGUCAUGCGGAAAGAGACAUUCUAGAAUUUCUUCUGAAAGUUGGCUGCCAUGUUGACGCCCGCAACAAGGCGGGAAAAUCAGCCGAAGAUCUCGCGCGUUGUAACAAAGUAAAGCAGGCAAUUCGGGCCAGCGGGAUAGUGCCCAGGCUCCAUUGCCUAGCUGCGCGGACGGUUUUGGCUGAGGAGAUCGAGUACGAGGGUAUUGUCCCUCGUCGGUUGGAAUCCUUUAUUCAAAUGCAUUGAGUACGAUGGAAAUCCUCGUCAACCUUUCUCGUGAGACCGAAUGUGCUGUACGGCCACUCUACAGAGCCGCUAAGCGCUAGACCAUUUAGUAUACCUAGCCUUCUCCGCAGGCAUCUCGAGUGUUUUGUAAUUUUUCAGUAUUUUUAUGAAUUGGGGUUUCUGUGGUGAGUUAAACCGGAAGCCGGAAGAGGGGAGGGGACCAAAGAAAUCUUUAACCCAGACCUCCACUCUUUCUUGAACACGCCACUGGAAGCCCGAAAUUUCCCACAUCUUGGAAAGGAGAAGGCUAUAGUAUAGCCCAGCACCAUGUUUUAAGACUCAGCCAUCUGUGUUGUCCCCAAAAAGGUCUGUGUGUUUACGGACAGAAAAAGCCAUCCUCGGGCGUUACCUUAAUACCUCUCACUUAAGGUUUGAAAAAAAGGCAUGUUUUUUCUAAGAUUUAAGAUAAUAAAUUGUCACAUUUUUCAAUCAUGAAACUAGUUUUAAAAUGCUAGUGAUGGUGUAAGGUAAUUAGGUAGAUGAUGGUGUAAGGUAAUUAGGUAGGGUUUUUUUUAUGAAUCAGUUUCAUUGGUAAAUAGAUAUAGUGUAUUAUAUACCUUAUAGGCGAUAUCAAAUUGAAAUAUAAAAUAUAGAUGCAAAUAAUGAAUUAGGGGUUAGCAAAAUACUAUAAAUUUGAGUCUUCCAUUAAAUUUUAUCUGAUAUCAUUAUCUACUGAAAUGUACAUUAAAAUUUGACGCACAAUC